GAUGCAUCAGUGUACAUUUUACAUCCCUAGCGCUCGCUCGUUUUGCAGAAGACGGUUCGCCUUAGAAUUUAUAUUUCUUUGUUUAAAGUCCAGAAAUCAUUUAAUACGCCUUCGACCCGAAGGACAUCCAACUGACCAACUGAGAAGAGCCGCUCAAGAAAGCAGAGGACACCACCAUCAUGGCUGUUAACGUUUACUCCACAAAUGUGACAUCAGAGAAUCUCUCGCGCCACGACAUGCUGGCCUGGGUCAACGAUUGCCUCCAGUCGCAGUUCUCAAAAAUCGAGGAGCUCUGCACAGGUGCCGCAUACUGCCAGUUCAUGGACAUGCUGUUCCCCAAUUCAGUGCCCGUAAAGCGUGUCAAAUUUCGUACAAAUCUGGAGCACGAAUACAUACAGAACUUCAAGAUAUUGCAGGCGGGAUUCAAAAAGAUGUCUGUGGAUAAGAUCAUACCAGUUGAUAAGCUGAUUAAGGGACGCUUUCAAGACAACUUCGAGUUCCUUCAGUGGUUCAAGAAGUUCUUCGACGCCAAUUACGACGGUCGCGAGUAUGACCCGGUGGCCCAACGGUCCGGAGUCAAGCUGGGCAAUGGCAACGGACACGGCAGCAAUGGAGGCAGUGGCGUGGGCAGCAGCAACAACGAUCUCCACCUGAUGCACCGACGACCAUUACAAGCACCAGCCGGAGUUGGUCGCUUGGCACCACGGGUCCUCGGUCAGACUGCAGUCUCCAAGGUGCUGCCACGCACAAACAACGCUGCGCCAGCGAGCAGAAUAACCGCUGGUGCCAACAGCACGGGCACGGUCAAGAAGAACGACGCGAGCAACUCAGUCAACAAUCAGCAAAUCGAAGAGAUGUCAAACCAGGUCAUGGAUAUGCGCAUUAACCUGGAGGGAUUAGAAAAAGAGCGCGACUUCUACUUCUCCAAGUUGAGGGACAUUGAAAUUCUUUGCCAAGAAGCUGAUGACGGCGAGGCACAUCCGCUCAUUCAAAAGAUAUUGGACAUCUUAUAUGCGACUGAGGAUGGUUUUGCGCCGCCAGACGAUGCACCGCCAGAGGACGAAGAAUAUUAAUUUAAAUCGAUAUAAAAACAACCCACUAAAUUCAUUUGCUGCAUACAUAUUCAAAACAUAAGUCAAGACGCAAGACGGAAAGGACACAAAUAAAAUUUAUUAAUUAGACGGGAACCAAGGAGAUGUUUAGCAAACAAGAAGACUUACGAAAGGGAAUAGUGUUUAAUUCCCAAAGACGAGGUUGACUGACAACAUGAGCGUUAUUUUUUCAAACAUUACUUUAAUUCAAAUAUGCCGCUGCUCAAAGAUAGAAGACGGGACUUAUUUACAUAUUACACAGAUGUUUAGGUUCAAAAUUGUGCUCGCGAUUGUACUCCUGGGUCCUGAUGAUGCCGAUCACUGUAAAGAUCACCAUCAAAACCAUUUCAUAUUUAAAUUGUUUGUAUAUUAGCAGAAUAAACAAAAACUAAAUCUCACUAAUGGAAGGGCCAGCCUGCACUAAAAAAUUGUUCGUUAAACUCACCGACUUCUUAUUAAGAAAAGUUUUAAAAUUCUCAGUUUACCUUACCAAUUUAUCAUGAUUAGUUUUGUUAGUUAUCUGUAUCAUAUGCUUUACACAAUUAAAACCUAUUUAAUACACUUAUUUUUUGUAUAAGUAUAACUUUUCAUUGGCUGACUUUAAUCGUUUUGAGUGUUGUAUGUAGUGGAUCACAAGAGCCCAAUUUGUAUAAUCUGAAAAAUAUUUAACAGCGAGAUGCCGUUCAUCAAACGGGAUUUUGUACUUUCUAUUUUUAAAUCAUUGGCUUCAUAACAAAAUGAUUAUAUAUAUUAAGUAAUUUUUGCUCUCGCUUCUUUUAAGUUCUAUAUAUUUAUGUGUAAAACAGGUAGAACUUAAAAAGUUUGAAUAAAAAGCGAACAUCUUUCUAUUUUCUAAA